UGACACCCGCUCCCCUCCAUCACCAAAAACCCCACCAAAAUCUUAUCAUUAGUUAUCAUCGCCAACCUUCAAAAAACUUCACAUCCAAUCCAUACCCUCGUCAUUCUUCCGCGAUGGCGUCCGAUCUCUCGGGCCCUCCCGUCCUCUCGACUCCCGACGACCACAUCCUCGAAGUUCCCGCCGCCGACUCCAUCCCCAAAUCCACACUCUCCGACGAUGCCCUCCGCGAAACGUACGAGGUUGUUCGCACAGCAGAUGAGAUCCGCACUGGAGGAUGGAGGCGCAUCGGCUUACAGUUCCCGGACUUUAUGCUGGUAGACGCUCCUCGUGUUGUAGAGGCUCUGUCGAAGGAACUCAGCGCACACGAUGCGCAGGAAGAGGGCAAGGCUGAGAGGAGGAUAUACAUUCUUGCGGAUAGCAGUUACAGCGCCUGCUGUGUUGACGAGAUAGCUGCAGAGCAUGUUUCAGCAGAGGUGGUAGUCCAUUACGGUCGAACGUGUCUCAGUCCCACGAGUCAUCUUCCUGCGAUAUACGUUUACACUACACAUGACCUUGAUUACAAGGUGACAAUGGAGGAAAUCAAGAAGGAGUUCAGCGACAAGACUGUGAAGCUGGUUAUAAUGGCCGAUCUGACAUAUCAAAAUCACGUUGACAAAGUGGUUUCCCUCCUCAAAGACGAAGGCUAUACGGAUGUGGUUUCCACAGCAGUCACACGCGACCCUGCUGCCUUGAUACCCAACCGCAAGAUCCUCUCCGACGAAGCUUAUGACGACCAACAUUGGAAGGCCUACUCAAUCAUCCACAUCUCCGACCCGCCCUCUGCACUUCUCCUCGCUCUAUACUCACGAUUUGCCUCAUUACACGUUCUCGCGACGCCAUCUUCAACACUCGAGAACCCCACCAUCCGUACAGCCGGUCUCCUUCGACGUCGAUUUGCGAAGGUGCUGUCGCUCGCUUCUGCUGGUGUCAUCGGUAUUCUUGUAAACACACUAUCGGUCGCAAACUACCUCAGCUCAAUCAAUACUCUGCGCGACAAGAUCGCUCGUGCGGACAAGAAGAGUUACACCAUUGUCGUGGGAAAGCUCAACCCCGCGAAGCUGGCAAAUUUUGCCGAGAUUGAGGGUUGGGUUGUGGUCGGAUGCUGGGAGAGCGGCUUGGUCGAAGAUGAUGCUGGAUACUGGAGGCCAGUCAUCACACCGUUCGAGCUUGAGGUGGCCCUCAUGAGCGAGGAUGAACGGGUCUGGGGCGGCGAGUGGUGGGGUGGUAUCGAGAAGCUUGGACUCAACGACAAGCCUCAAGAUGCGGUCAACGAGUCCAAGGUUACUGCCUUGCCAGAAGAGGAUCAGUUUGACGAUGUCGCUGGAGGUGUUGAAGGAGAAGAGUCUGCUCCCCCAGAGUUUGACAUGCGUACCGGUAAGCUCAUCUCAUCAGGUCGACCUAUGAGACUUCCAAUUCGCAACGGCCCCUCUGCCGCCAACGCCACAGAGGCGAUUAGCGACGGUGCCGCCGGUGCAGCUAAGCAGAAUGAUGCUCUUAUCAAGCGCAGUGUUGGAGAAUUGGCCAGCAUCAACGGUGUCGCGAGUCCUGGAGCAGAGUUCCUUCGCUCUGGUCGCACAUGGCAAGGAUUGGGCACCGAUUUCGACAAUGAAGCUAGCACAUUAGUCGAGCAGGGUCGAAGUGGUGUUGCUCGAGGCUAUCAAGUUGGAGAAUCGGACAAACAUUAAGGGGAUGUUACAUAAAAAGUGAUACCAUUUAGCAUAACACGGCGUUGGGAUGUAGACAAAAGUAAAAGGCGAAUAUUCAUGGUUCAAAAGAUGUAUUCUGGGGUAGCUCGCUCAUUGUUCUUUUCGUCACUCAUGUAACAGUGAAGUCAUAUUAUAUACAAUAGAAUCAUCGACCGAAGCAGCCUCCAGGGCCUAUGCUGCGGCACACCCGUAUCUAAUCCUAGCCCUUCCCUUACCUGAGCUUCAUUAUCCACCCCCGAAGCACGGGAGACAAAGAAACGUCAUCAACAUUGUAUCAUGUUGGUCGCCAUCAGUCCAUACGAUUCCUUUCCAAAGAAUAAGAAAUAUGUUCUAGGAGAAGUCAUAAUGCAUGAGGCCGCUUUCCUUGCGGCGAUCGUAACAGGGUCUCUUGACCCUUUCCCAUAAUGUCCCCCAUGCGCAGUCCUUCAUGGGGCGAAAAAG